GCGCGCGCCUAUCCCCUCCACUCGUUGUUCGGGAUUCCUCCGCUCGCGGCAAAGAACCUCCGAGCAGAUAAGGCGCCCCCCGCCACCACCCCCGACCACCGCCACCGGCCAUGGUCGGCGUCGCCGCCGGCUUCGCGUUCGCGCCGGUCGUGUCCCGGCGGCUUCCCUACAGGCCGUGCUGCUCCACCGCCCACGCCUCGGUGCCCUCGUCCUCGGCGCGGUCGUCGCUGGCCGCGCGGCAGGGGCGGCUCGUCGCGGUCGCGCGCUACUCCGCGUACGGGAGCGACGAGGACGACGACGAGGACGGCGGGGGCGGGCGGAGGGACCGCGCCCCCGAGCAGGAGCAGGACCCCGCCCUCGACAUCGAGCGCAUCCAGUCCUCGACUGUAAGGCUGUUGGAUGCCCAGAAAAACAUGGUUGGUGUUAUAUCCGUAAGCGAGGCAGUUCGAAUUGCAGAUGAAAAUGAUCUUAUACUGGCAAUAUUGUCACUAGAUGGAGAUCCUCCAGUACUCCGACUCUUUGAAGAGAAAGAUUACAAAAAACACAAGUACGAACAACAGAAGAAGAAAAGAGUUCAGCAGAAAAGAUCCGUUGCAAAACGCAUGGGCUUGAAAGAGCUGAAAAUGGGGUACAACAUUGAUAUUCAUGAUUACAGUGUGAGACUUAGAGCUGCAAAGAAGUUUCUUAAAGCUGGUGACAAGGUUAAGAUAGUGGUGAACUUGAAAGGUCGGGAGAACUUGUACAAAAAACAAGCGAUUGAACUUCUCAGAAGAUUCCAAACUGAUGUUGGUGAGCUAGCGACAGAAGGAAGUAAGAAUUUUGCGGAGAGGAAUAUAUAUUUGAUUCUUGUACCCAAUAAACUAGCCAUACAGAAAGAACAAGAUGGGGUGAGCAAAAAGGAUGAUGUGGAAGGAGAGACGGACCAAUCAGACGAUGAAUUGGACGGGGACGAGACCGUGAUCGAACAACCGGAGGGAAGUAGUUUGGAUGGGGAUGAGCCCGUGAUAGAACUGGAGGAAAGUAAGGAACCCGAGACAGAAGAAGUCUCAGCAAAUGUUUGAUAUAGCUGUAAAGGCCAAGGGCGCCAUCUCUGAUUUUAGAAGGCACCUAUACAGUUCAUGUAAAUACAAGGAUGGUGCUCUUGUACUUGUACUCGCCGUCCUUGCCUGAUAAAACAAAUGAGCUAUCCACCACCAUCGUUGCCUGGGAAGUCAGACAGAACAAGGCCAUGCGACAUCAAGAAGCUACCAUCUGAACAUUUUUGUUCGGAGUCUUGAAUCAUCUCGCAUUGUACCAACGGAAUCCACUAAACGGCUUGGGAUCGUGCAGUAAGUGAGUCAGUAACAGUCAUGGUGAUUGUUAGGAAAGUUUGCUUGUUUUGCCCGCUGUGGCAUUGUUGUCUGCAAGGUUUUGUUUUGGCGCUGUCGUCUGCAAAUCUCAGUCAAUCGGUGCUGUGGAGAAGAUCAGUAGUCGUCGUAUCUUGUUUAUCAAAUGGUUGCUUUCGGAUUUUUGACCUUUGGCUGGAAGUACCUAGGAAGAGGGUGUUGUCUAUUAUUCAAUGUGUGUAGAGUAAUUUCUAUCCACUUCAAUUUUUUUAAGUAUAAAUACAUUUUUUGAA